CCCUGGGGGGGCAGGCAAGAAAAAGGAAGAAGCCCAGACCAACAGGCAGGUGGACACACAGGAAGGCCCCCCACAAGUGAGAGACCCCCAAGAAAGAACACAUCGCCCCCUGCCCCCCAAGAAGGGAGCACAAUGGAGGCUGCACACGCCAAGACCACAGAGGAAUGUUUGGCUUAUUUUGGGGUGAGCGAGACUACAGGCCUCACCCUAGACCAAGUUAAGAGACAUCUGGAAAAAUACGGCCCUAAUGAGCUCCCUGCUGAGGAAGGCAAGUCCCUCUGGGAGUUGGUGGUCGAGCAGUUUGAAGACCUCUUGGUGCGGAUCCUUCUCCUUGCUGCCUGCAUUUCCUUUGUGCUGGCCUGGUUUGAGGAAGGCGAAGAGACCAUCACUGCCUUUGUGGAACCUUUUGUCAUUCUCUUGAUCCUCAUUGCCAAUGCCAUUGUGGGGGUUUGGCAGGAGCGGAAUGCAGAGAAUGCCAUUGAGGCGCUGAAAGAGUAUGAGCCUGAGAUGGGAAAAGUCUACCGUGCUGACCGCAAAACAGUGCAAAGGAUCAAGGCUCGGGACAUUGUCCCUGGGGACAUUGUGGAGGUGGCUGUGGGGGACAAAGUCCCAGCAGACAUCCGCAUCCUAUCCAUCAAAUCGACCACACUCCGGGUCGACCAGUCCAUCCUGACAGGUGAGUCUGUAUCUGUCAUCAAGCACACAGACCCUGUGCCUGACCCCAGAGCUGUCAACCAGGACAAGAAGAACAUGCUUUUCUCGGGUACCAACAUUGCAGCUGGUAAGGCCUUGGGCAUUGUGGCUACCACUGGUGUGAGCACUGAGAUUGGCAAGAUCCGUGACCAAAUGGCUGCCACUGAGCAGGACAAGACCCCACUGCAGCAGAAGCUUGAUGAAUUUGGGGAGCAGCUGUCCAAGGUCAUCUCUCUCAUCUGUGUGGCUGUCUGGCUUAUCAACAUUGGCCACUUCAAUGAUCCCGUCCAUGGGGGUUCUUGGUUCCGUGGGGCCAUCUACUACUUCAAGAUUGCAGUAGCCUUGGCAGUGGCAGCCAUCCCGGAAGGGCUUCCUGCUGUUAUCACUACCUGCCUGGCCCUGGGCACUCGCCGGAUGGCAAAGAAGAACGCCAUUGUGAGGAGCUUACCCUCCGUGGAGACCCUUGGCUGCACCUCUGUCAUCUGUUCUGACAAGACAGGCACUCUCACCACUAACCAGAUGUCAGUCUGCAAGAUGUUCAUCAUUGACAGGGUGGAUGGGGACGUCUGCUCACUGAACGAGUUCUCCAUCACUGGCUCCACUUAUGCUCCUGAGGGAGAGGUAUUGAAGAACGAUAAGCCAAUCCGGUCAGGGCAGUAUGAUGGGCUGGUGGAGCUGGCCACCAUCUGUGCCCUCUGCAAUGACUCCUCCUUGGACUUCAAUGAGUCCAAAGGUGUCUAUGAAAAGGUGGGAGAGGCCACUGAGACCGCACUCACCACUCUGGUGGAGAAGAUGAACGUGUUCAACACUGAAGUGAGAAGCCUCUCAAAGGUGGAGAGGGCCAAUGCCUGCAACUCGGUUAUCCGCCAACUAAUGAAGAAGGAAUUCACCCUGGAAUUCUCCCGAGACAGGAAGUCCAUGUCUGUCUACUGCUCUCCAGCCAAAUCUUCCCGGGCUGCUGUGGGCAACAAGAUGUUUGUGAAGGGUGCUCCUGAGGGGGUCAUCGACCGCUGUAAUUAUGUGCGGGUUGGCACCACCCGUGUGCCAUUGACAGGCCCUGUGAAGGAGAAGAUCAUGUCAGUGAUCAAGGAGUGGGGCACUGGCCGUGACACCCUGCGCUGCCUGGCUCUCGCCACCCGGGACACCCCCCCCAAGCGGGAGGACAUGGUCCUAGAUGACUCAGGAAAGUUCAUGGAGUAUGAGAUGGACCUGACAUUCGUUGGUGUUGUGGGCAUGUUGGAUCCACCCCGCAAGGAGGUCACAGGCUCUAUCCAGCUGUGCCGUGAUGCUGGAAUCCGAGUGAUCAUGAUCACUGGGGAUAAUAAGGGUACAGCCAUUGCCAUCUGUCGACGAAUUGGCAUCUUUUCGGAGAAUGAGGAGGUGACAGACCGUGCCUACACUGGCCGUGAGUUUGAUGACCUGCCCCUGGCUGAGCAGCGGGAAGCCUGUAGACGUGCCUGCUGCUUUGCCCGUGUGGAGCCUUCACAUAAGUCCAAGAUUGUGGAGUAUCUGCAGUCCUAUGACGAGAUCACAGCCAUGACAGGGGAUGGUGUCAAUGAUGCCCCUGCCCUGAAGAAGGCUGAAAUUGGCAUUGCCAUGGGAUCUGGUACUGCUGUGGCUAAGACAGCCUCUGAGAUGGUGCUGGCUGACGACAACUUCUCCACUAUUGUGGCUGCUGUGGAGGAAGGUCGUGCCAUUUACAACAACAUGAAGCAGUUCAUCCGCUACCUCAUUUCCUCCAAUGUGGGCGAGGUGGUCUGUAUCUUCCUGACAGCUGCCUUGGGGCUGCCUGAGGCCCUGAUCCCUGUACAGCUGCUGUGGGUGAACUUGGUUACUGAUGGGCUCCCAGCCACUGCCUUGGGCUUCAACCCACCUGACCUGGACAUCAUGGACCGGCCCCCCAGGAGUCCGAAGGAACCCCUCAUCAGUGGCUGGCUCUUCUUCCGCUACAUGGCAAUUGGGGGCUACGUGGGUGCGGCCACUGUGGGAGCAGCUGCCUGGUGGUUCUUGUAUGCAGAUGAUGGUCCUCAUGUCACCUACAGCCAGCUGACUCACUUCAUGCAGUGCACAGAGGACAACCCUGACUUUGAGGGUUUGGACUGUGAGGUGUUUGAGGCUCCUGAGCCCAUGACCAUGGCCUUGUCUGUAUUGGUGACCAUCGAGAUGUGCAAUGCUCUCAACAGCUUGUCUGAGAACCAGUCCCUACUGCGGAUGCCACCCUGGGUGAACAUCUGGCUGCUAGGCUCCAUCUGCCUGUCCAUGUCCCUCCAUUUCCUCAUCCUCUACGUGGACCCCCUCCCGAUGAUCUUCAAGCUCCGUGCCCUGGACUUCACCCAAUGGCUCAUGGUUCUCAAGAUCUCACUUCCGGUCAUUGGGCUGGAUGAAAUCCUCAAGUUUAUUGCUCGGAACUACCUGGAGGAUCCAGAAGAUGAGAGAAGGAAGUAACCAGCCUUUCCGCCCCUUCUUCCCCAUCCUGACAAUGACUGCAUCUUCAGCCAGGGCUGUGGCACAGACCCCCUUCCCAGUUCUGUUUAUAAACACAAGCCCCCUGCCCCUCUCCACUCCCCUUCAGCAACCUACCUUUUAACCUUCCCACACACACCUCAUGGGGCUUACAGGGACAAGGCGACCGACUGAGC